AUGCCGCCAAAACGUUCACUUGCGCCUGCCGGCAAUCCUCCCCAGCGGGGCCUCAUCUCUUCUUUCUAUCACGGCAUCAAGUCCCCUGAAAACGCCUCCGUCGUAAGAAGUGUCGCUGUAUUCGUGGUAAGUUCCGGUGCGCGCGAAUAUGUGUCUAUUGACGCCGUGGUUACUGAUGGCGACUGUGGGGCGUGUGCGAAUUAGGCUGCUGCAGCUUUUCUAUCUUCUUCAUGGACUGAUUACUUACUUCCUCCGUGGGUUAUCUUUUCCUUUUAUGCCUUCCUCCACCCUCCCCUCGUGAAUGAUUUGGGGAGGUUUAUUAUGCGCCCUGGGUUGUGGGGCUUGUAUAUACAGUACUGACAAGAUAUUUAGGGUUUAAGACUCCAGGACGUGGGCGCGGUGAUCAAGGCAGAGGAUCGGGGUGGCGGGAAUAUUGGCCACACGUUAUGUUAGGUGGACACGGAUGUGCACAAAUCCUGUCGGUGCUCUUACUAGAAAGUAUGCUACUAUUAAACUAGCAAAAAAAUUGUGAGAGCUAUUUUCUGGCUGUACAAUGCAAUACCGGUAGAUUUGACUGCCG